UCAUUAUCGACAUCAUGGGGGCAUUUGCGACGUCAUUGGAUCCAACGCAUAAGGUAUAAAGGAUCGUCCCUGUGCUCCCCCGCAAUACUGUUGACGCUCAUCCAGCAUGACUGAAGAACUUAUCACUGCGUACUCCGUCGCUGUUCCAGAAAAGCAGAAACAGGAACUCCCGGGAUUAGACACUCGCCUCAGACCCGGUGUUGAAUACGUCAAGCAAGAGAACUGGGAUCACCAUGGCAAGCCGCAUCUCCAAACAUACAAGGGCAGCGAGAAGUUGAAGGGCAAGUAUGCCAUUGUCACUGGCGGGGACAGCGGUAUUGGCCGUGCAGUUGCCCACCUCUACGCGAUUGAAGGUCUCAAGGGCGUUACAAUCUCGUACCUGCCACAGGAGAAGGAAGAUGCCAAGAACGCCGCGGAACAGAUCACCAAGGAGGGUUGCAACGUUAACUUGGUCGAGGCCGACUUACAGAAGGAGGAAGACUGCCGUAAGGUCGUAGAAGCGCAUCUAAAGGUGUUUGAGUACCUGGACAUCCUCGUUAACAACGCUUCUAAGCAAAUAAUGUCAGAUACAAUCGAGGAUCUUGAUCUAGGCAACGUGCGCAGCGUCUUUGAAUCCAACAUUCUGCAAAUGAUCGCUGUCUCGAAAUUCGCUGUUCCACACAUGAAGCGGGGUUCGGCGAUCAUCAACACUACAUCUGUCGUUGCCUACUCUGGCAACCCAAGGCUCCUUGACUAUGCUUCUACCAAGGGUGCGAUUGUCUCCUUUACGCGCGCUCUUGCUCGACAACUCUCUCCACGGGGCAUCAGGGUAAACAUGGUGGCCCCGGGUCCCGUCAUAACUGCACUGCAAGCGGCGUCAAGGGAGGCGGAGGAAAUGGAGGGCUUCGGUCUUGGCUCGCCCCUCCACGGAAGAGCGGCGCAACCCGCAGAAAUCGCCCCUUCAUUCGUGUUUCUCGGGUGUUCCGAUUCGAACUGUAUGACGGGACAGUGUAUCCAUGUUAACAACGGUGUCCACUUGGGCGAUUCUUGA